GUGUUUUAACUAUGUCCACGAUAUAUUUAUUAUUUGCAACCUUAUUGAUAUUCACAUUAUCUAGUAUGGAAUCAUCGAAACCCAAUACGAUUUGUCCGAACAAUGAUGGAAUGAAUGACGCACUCAGAAAUGCCUCGCUGGACUUCCACAAUAAAAAUAGAGCAGAGCUUGCCGGUGGAAACGUGAAGAUGGGGGCUGCUGAGAACUCAAUGCGAAAAGCAAACAAUAUGCCACAACUUGAAAUUGACUGCGAUCUCGAAAAGGCGGCCCUAGAGGAAGCACAGAAGUGUGAAGAAAAGGAUGAAUUGAUUGGCCGGGAGUUUAAUAUGAAGAUGAUGGAAGGUGCAACCGAUCUGGCAGAAGCUCAAAACACUGCCCUAGAGGAAUGGUGGAAUGAAAUUACGAAAGGUCCUGUGAUCGACCAAAUCCAAAACUUGUACUACGAUCACAGCCUCAAACAACAUUUCUCUAAGAUGGCAACCGAUAAAACGAAAAAAGUUGGUUGCGCUGCAGUCAAAUGCGAUAAAGGUGUGCGUGUUGUAUGCAAAUACGAAGCAAUCCUGAAGAACGGCGAAAAAAUGUACAGCAUGGGUCCCACUUGCAAGAAGUGCUCUGCUGGAGCGGGCAUGGCAGAUUGCCAAGCGGAACCAUAUGCCGAGAUCAUGCCGAGGAAGAUCAUUGUUACAUUGUUAUUUAUAAUCUUCUGGAAUGCAACCGUCGUUCAUUCAAUGUUAUUCAUGACAUCAAUGGCUGUCGUGGUCCCACCACCGAUGAUGGUGGCCAUACCGCCGCCUAUGCCUCCGCCUAUGCCUCCGCCUGUUAUCUUGACGAGACGCAGAAUAGUUUGCUGUUAUGGAACUUUCAUGGGCUAG